AAAUGAUAUAAAUAUUUCACGAAAAAUAGAUCAUCACAUUCGAACUCUGUAUUACAAGCAGAAUGGUUUCAAUCAAAGUGCUGAUUUUUGCUUGCACCCUACUGGUGGCCCAGACCCAGGCCUAUCCUCAAGCUACUGUCAAUGGUCCCAUUUUCGACUUCAUCAAGGAGCUCUUACUGAACGGAGAGAAAAGUAUUGAUAAGGUUCUCUUAAAGCUUGACGAACUUCUUAAUUCCGCUAUUUCUGAUUCGAUCCAAUUCCAACAAGAAAUCGUCAGCGUUGCUAGCAAUGGUGUUGACAAAGUACUUGAUUUGGUGAACUCAAGGUUGGAUAAAAUCAAAGCUCGAGGAGACGGAAAUACGGUCAAGGUCAUCACUUGUAUCCAGAACAGCAGAGAUCAAGCUAAAAACAAUGUUGUUGGCUUAGUUGACAGAAGUACGAAAUGUGAUCUCUCGUUGGCACAAGAAGUACUGCAAUCUAUCGUUGAUUUGUCACCCAAAAUUCAGAAAAUUAAAUCUGAAUUAUUUGCAGCAGUAGACAAAAUUCAAGAGUGUGAUGGAAGCAAUUGGGCUGAGGAAAUUAAAUGCGGAGCUGACAUUAUCAAAAACAUCGAUGCAGUUAUCUCCAAUAACAAGGAUAAUGUUAUAAACGACUUACGUGGAUUGAUAUCAAAAAUUAAGGACUUGGCAAAAGAAGUGUAUCCAAAAUGCCUGGUUCCUAACUGGGAAAUAUUUCAAGACCAACGUUUUGUAAUUAUCAACAGCAUUGCUGCUUGUAUGACAUCCUAAAUCAUCACCUGAAACUGUAUAAUCUCUGAGUGAUAAUAAAUACCUAUUCGAAAA